AAACAAACAAAAAAAAAAAGCAUUUGACCAAAUGCAGAUCAACAUGUCGCCAUCCCUCUCAAUCUGCUGCAUUCGAGGUCUCUGCACCGCCUGGUCUCGACCUUGGGCUGCGGGGACAUCCCCGGUCGCAGGCCCUAUCACAGUGGGUAGGCUCCCGCAAGCGGAACUUGGCAGCAAUCUCCUCAGCCUGCUCAAUUUCGCCCUACACGUGUGGCCUUUCCAGGUUCCACCUCCUUAUUCCCGACCGUGUUUGGCACUGCACGCUCGUUGGCUUUUUAGGGGGCAAGUUGGAACUGGGAACCUCCGAGAUGGACAGACGCUGAACCAGAUUCACAAAACCGUCUUGAUGCUGAGCUACUCGACCGAUUGAGCACCUACCUUUGCAUCCAGACCUAGACCCGUGGCUUCUCUCUAUUCCGUCCUAUUCUUCUCACCCACUUCCAUUUAUAUCUGCUCCGUCUGGCCGCAGGGCACAGGUGCCGCCCCCUGCUCGGUUUUUUCCUUCCCGCAAGUGGAAGCCACAGAUCGCCAAUCGGCGUCGUCUUGACUCCCGAAACUUUGCGAGGGCCUGGCUAGAAGCAAGAGGAGAGAAAAACUCCACAGCAAGCUUCAAAUCUUUCUCAACAAGCCCACGCCCACAAGGUUAAAUCGAUUCAGUCGAACUUGCUGUCACACUCGUUACCUUUUUUCGGCUUGUGCUAGUGGAGAUUUUGCGUUUCCUUUCUUCUUCUACUCGGGGUUGUCUUGAUUGCCAACACCCGCGAUCAAACUCGCGUGUCCUUCUUUUUUUGGAUAACGGCCACCCACCACCCAUCCACCACACACGCCCGACCGACAGAUCACACCCCGCCGGCGCGCGACGUUUGACCGUGACAAUGAGCACCGAAGACAAGACGCGUGUCUCGGCAGACGAGGACCGCUCCGGCCCCGUGCUCCCGAUCGCCAACACACCCGCGCCCCGCAGUGGCCCCGUGCCGGCCGCCGUCUACGUUAUCGCAUGGAUCAGCAUAAGUUCGUCCGUGAUCCUGUUCAACAAAUGGAUCCUCGACACCAAGGGGUUUAAAUACCCCGUGAUAUUGACAACAUAUCACCUGACCUUCGCCACCAUCAUGACCCAGCUGCUGGCGCGCUACACGUCGCUGCUUGACGGCCGCAAGACGGUCAAGAUGACGGGCCACGUCUACCUGCGCGCCAUCCUGCCCAUCGGCGUGCUCUUCAGCCUGAGCCUCAUCUUCGGCAACCUGACCUAUCUGUACCUCAGCGUCGCCUUCAUCCAGAUGCUCAAGGCUACCACCCCGGUUGCCGUGCUGCUGGCGAGCUGGGGCAUGGGCAUCGCCAAGCCCAACCUGAAGGUGUUCCUCAACGUGUCGGUCAUCGUCGUCGGCGUCGUCAUCGCGUCGGUCGGCGAGAUCGAGUUCGUCAUGGUCGGCUUCGUGUUUCAGAUGCUCGGCGUCGUCUUCGAGGCCCUGCGCCUGACCAUGGUCCAGCGCCUGCUCAGCUCGGCCGAGUUCAAUAUGGACCCGCUCGUGUCGCUCUACUACUUCGCCCCCGUCUGCGCUGUCAUGAACCUGGCCGUGGCCCUGCUGUGGGAGCUGCCCCGCGUCUCCAUGGCCGAGGUCUACCACGUCGGUCUCUUCAACUUUUUCCUCAACGGCCUCUGCGCCUUUCUCCUCAACGUGUCGGUCGUCAUGCUGAUCGGAAAGACGUCCUCCCUCGUCCUCACCAUCUGCGGCGUCCUCAAGGACGUCCUGCUCGUCGCCGCCUCCAUGGUCAUCUGGCAAACCGAGGUCUCGGCCCUGCAGUUCUUCGGCUACAGCGUCGCGCUCGCCGGCAUGGUCAACUACAAGCUCGGCACCGAGGCCAUCCGGGGCUACGCCGCCGACGCCGGUCGCGCCUGGGCCGAGUUCGGCGCCCAGCGGCCCGCCCGCCGCCAGCUCGUCGUCCUGGCCUCCGUCUUCACCCUGCUCAUCAUCGUCCUCUGGGGCAUGGGCCCCUACGCCGCCGAGAGCGGCGCCGCCCGCGCCCUCACCAGCGCCGCCAACAGGGUCGUGGGCUCCUCCGCCUGAGCGACGACUGCCACGGGCCAACCACGCUGCAAGGCCUUUUUCGUCGCCGGGGUUCGAGGCCGUACGAUGGAUGGACGGCGCAGCGCCGUUUUGCCCGCCCAUCUGUCCUUCUUUCCAUGUACAUUUUCUAUCUAUCCAAUUUUUUUUUGUUUCUUUUACGACGUUUGGACGCGGGAGGGCGCUGCUGUUUUGAUCUUAUGAACACGGCCGGCCCGUCUUGGCUUGAAAGUUGGGCUCGGGACAGUUCCCCCUUAUAUAGAUAGAGAAGGGCAUGGGUUAAUCUUGUUUUAUUUAUUGGCGCAUGUUUUCCCAUCACUCGACCGGUGCGGGUGCCCAAAAGUUCGCACCUGGGUCACCUACUGAUGUUAGGUUCUGCCCAUCAUUAUAAGGCGGCGUUCUCAAUACAACUCGGUGGUAUCGAGCGAGGGAACCCGAUGUCAAGUUUUGAACACUGGCAUACACUGGCUUGACUUGCACGUAAUGUAUUGUAUCCGGUCAUAUUCAUGUCUGUAGCACAAGGCUACUUGUCGCGACCCAAGCUUGCUGGCGACAUUGUCACCGCAUCUGCGAGACACCACACUCGCGUGUGCAAUCCUCGCCGGCCCUGUAUCCAGGAGCCGAAAACAAG